AUGGGCUCACAGAGUCCCACCAACACGAACGACCGCCCACGCCUGAGCGAGGCCCAGAAGAAGGAGAACCACAUCCGCUCCGAGCAGAAGCGCCGCGAAGCCAUCCGCGAAGGGUUCGACCGUCUGGCCGCCAUGGUGCCCGGCAUGGAGGGACAGGGCCGCAGUGAAGCAGUGGUGCUGGAGGCCACCAUCAAGUACAUGCGCGAGAAGAUUGUAGAGCGCCAGAAGAUCAUGGCAGAUGCCCAGGCCCAAGGCAUCGACGCAUCAGCAUGGGAGCUGCCGAAGGAGACACUGGACGCUUGCGACGCGCAGCUGCAAAGGACGAGGGAUGAAGAGGCACAACUGAAUGGCAUGAACGGCAAGAGCUAG